GGUGGGUGUGUUUAAGGUUGUGUCACAUGAUUCUGUUGCUAGGCUGUUAGCUGGUGGCUUCUCCAUCUGAUGUUAGUGCAUUCUCUUACCUCCUUACCCUAAACGACGCUAUUAUACACAAAUCGUUUUCAGACGACAGCGAUUUGCGCAUAUACGGCGAAAAUUUUAACAAGCAAACCCUGAUUAAUUCCCUUGAUAUGUGUACUGAAUAAUCAUCGCUGUAGGGGCUACUCAACGACCCACAUCUAGGCACGUUGCUGGCUAGCUUAGCAUCCGUUUUAGGCGGGAUGUCAACAGAUUUCCGUAGUGUUUGUCUUAGUUUUAUCUUUCAAAACGUGAGGAGGAAAUUUAGUAAAUGAGACAGAAGCUGCCACAUAAACCGAGGGGAUCUCAGGACAGCUUACUCCCUGGAUAAGCUGAUAAGGUUGAACCACAGAGAUCAAGAGCAUGAGACAGGAGAAUGUGGAAAAUCUAUGAAGUCAAAGAACAUGAAAUGGUGAAAAUUUUCCCACUCGCGCUCCCGUUCUCAUGACGCCAGCAGGGAGGUAUGGGCUUCUUAAGGGUAGUAGCCAGAAUCAUGGGUAGGAUCAGUACAUUCAGGUCCUAUCAGCUGGUGCUUCUCCUGGCUGCUGCACUCGCUGUUGUAGCUUUUUACUACUUUGGCUCAGAGAGGCAGAAUUUCUCCAGCACCACAAAGAGGAUCAAGCAGACCCAGGCCAGUCACAACACCAACAGAAACGAUGCAGACCUCACCAUGGACACCAGGCUCUCACACCCGGACGAGCCAAAGGAGCAAGGAGGGGAAGAGCGAGGUGUAGAAGGAGACGGCGACGCUUUGACGUCCAGGAAAGCGGACACUGAAGCUGGUUACCAACAGUACCACGUGCUAAUGAUGUUCACCAAAGUGGACAAGAGCCGGAGCUUGCAGGAUAAAUUCCGAGUGGCCAUGCUGUCCAUGGUGAAACACGGACACUUCUUGGAAGGAGAGGUGUUGGUUCUCCACUUUGUGAGUGACCAGGCCAGCCAAGAACUGGGCAAGAGGAUGCUGCAGGAGCUUUUCCUUGAUGCAACGUUUAAAUACGAGGUGGUGUUUCAUGACGUCGUGGCUCUGACUCAGAAGCUCUUCCCUAUUGUGGAAGCCAUGCAGAAGCAUUUCAGCGCUGGCUCCGGAGCCUAUUACAGCGACGCCAUCUUCUUUCUGUCUGUAGCUAUGCAUCACAUCAUGCCUGAAAGUCUGACGCGCAUAGUGCAGCUUGACUUGGACCUGAAGUACAGGACCAACAUCAGGGACCUUUUUCAAGAGUUUCACCGGUUUCCUCCAGGAGCAGUUAUAGGGAUCACCAGAGAGAUGCAGCCAGUAUACAGGCACACUUUCUGGCAGUACCGGAAGGAGAAGCCUCGAACCCGAGUCGGGGAACCUCCUCCUGAUGGCCUCCCGGGCUUCAACAGCGGUGUGAUGUUGUUGGACCUAGGUGCUAUGAGGUCCUCGGCUCUGUACAAUAAGUUGUUGGAGCCCAGCAAUGUUGCCAAACUAGCAGACCAGUAUCGCUUUAGAGGCCACCUGGGGGAUCAAGACUUUUUUACCAUGAUCGGCAUGGAGCAUCCUGAACUGUUUUACUCCUUGGCGUGUGGCUGGAACCGGCAGCUGUGCACCUGGUGGAGGGAUCACGGAUACGGAGACAUAUUUCAGUUGUAUUAUCGCUGCGAUGGCCCGGUCUAUAUCUAUCAUGGGAACUGUAAUACGCCUAUACCAGACGACUGAGAUUUACACUGGCUUGAUACUACAACUGAAAGAGUUUUCAUUUUAUGGCAGUUCCCUUUUGUGACCGCAGUCAGAGACCCUGCCCCCUGCUGGCCAAGGGGACCCCCCCCAAAAAAAAAAAACAAAAACAGUAUGUGGUGUUUGUGGAAGUCGUUUUAGCAUAGGUGGUCAUUAUGGUUGAAAACAGCUCUGCAUUACAGUCGUACAGAGUGGUGUAUUAACCGGAGGUUGUUUUUUCAGGUACUACACACAUGAGAUUAUGAUGUAAUGUAUACAGGUCCAUGUGGGACUUUAGCCCGUCACUUCAGAAGGAUUUUACCGCUCUUUCAUGUUCCGCAGACACAUAAAUUUGUUGGCUAGUUUGGAUAUGACUUAGGCCCCAGCCACACAGGCGUAGAGACUGGUGUGUGACCAUGUGGCAACCAGCGGUCGUGAGGGAGCUGUGAAGGAGUUGUGAGUGGUUGCUUGAAAAAUAAUUGCGAAAGCACGAGUCACACAGACUGGGAACCUUUGGGAAAACUGUAUUCCUCUCCUGGUUGGCAAAAACCUUGUAACUGCUUUGGCUGCUAGCAUAUUGGCCGCCUGUAGUUUGUGUGGAACUGAUGGAUUUGUCUACAAACAGCAGCUAGCUACUCUCCGAGCUGCAGUGACAACAUGAAAGGUGCGCCACACUUCCAGAUUUUACUGCAGCUCUGCUAGUAGUUAGCGAGUGUUUGCAGACGGGCAUAAUGUAAGUACGAGCAACUGUGGAAAUCUGCAAGCAACCAAAGCAAUCACUCUGAGGUUUUUGGUGUAUUUCCUUCUAUGAAACAGAGUUCACCCAGCAAAAGCCAGCAACUUCCAGGAAUCAGCUGCCAACUCGUUGGGGAAUAUAUGUUUCCCUAGCAACUGCAUCCAAUAUGGCAGACAGCUCUUGAGCAGUGCAAUAAUGAUGUCACAUGAGAAGCAUCUUUUAUUUCUGUGGAGAGAAAAAAUUGCAGUGUUAAAGUUUGAAUUGAAGUUUAUUUUUUAUAUAUACAGUUUCAGUUUGUGUUUUUAACAAAAUUAAAAACAAGAGCAUCAAGUACACCAAGUAGUGUACAGUAUUUAACGCAGUAACUAACUGAUGUUGAAAUAUUAAUGCAGUAAAGCAAAUGCGUAGACCGACCUCGGCUCGCUUUCUCCAACACGUCGAGAUUUCAGUGUCCCAAGUUCAGCCUACAUCACACCGUACCAGGUGAGGGCUAAUCUCUGUCAAUUACUUGUAUUUUUUCUUUCUUGCAACCAGAGGGAUCGCUCUUCGUGGACUUUGUGGGUCAGCCACAGCUCUUUUCAAACACGUCUUUACAGGUAGAAAAGCAGAAGUGAGUGGGUGGGGAGAGACAGCAGAAAGCUGGCCACAGGGAUUGGACAGAUAACGAUUAACAAUGACGGCACUGAAGGCUGUUGUUUGUGCCCCAUCUUUGCAGUGUAGCCGAGGCCAAACAGACCCACUUCAUUCAGACACACGUUUCUGAAGGAGCGUUGCGGCCAAAAGCGUGACUGCAGACGCUGACCUACUUUUCAGUUUUCUUGCUGUGCUCAAUGAAGUCAUGCUCAGAUUCAAAGAAAUGUCAACACUCAAUAUUAAUCAGAAACUUAAUCGCUUUAUGUAGCACUGAAGCACGCUGCUGAGGAGAAAAAGAACAGUGGAAUAAGACUAAAAAGAAUGUCUUCAGUUCUCAACACCUUAUAGCUUUUUCUGUUUUACUACUAACAGAGUCAGUGGCUUUACUGGUUACAUGCUGAUUACAUUAGUUUUACUGGGAUUGCUGUUAUCAGUGUACAUCACUAUCAGUUUCAGUGCAUUAGUGUUUAAAAUGACAUAAAAUGCUUGAUGUUGAUAAUCUAUCAGAAAGCAUGUACAAUUUUUUUUAAAGUACAGUCAUGUACCAGAAAGGAUAGAUUAUUAAAGGGAAGGAUGAAACGUUCCAGAGAAGAAUCAGUGGAAGAGCUCGGUCUUAUGCACCCCUGCCAACAGCUGUACUGUAAGUGUCAUACAAUAUAUCCAUGUGAUGGUUUGUGUGUGAUCUAGAAACUUGUGUAUCAGUUUCUUGUUGGUACUCUGCUAACACAUCCAAACCUAUUUGUGUCAUCAUCUAAAAAAUGUUAUAUGUGUGUCGUCUAGAGAUUCACUCACUGCAAUUUUUGAUUCCAGGUUGUUUUUGUUUGUUUGUUGCCAAUUCUGAUUUUCUUUCUAAGAACUACACCUAAAAGUUUAUACAAAAAUUAAGUUUUCUUUAAUGCAACGAUUACAGUUUGGAGUUACACGACCUUCUGUUACUGAAACAAUUGAAAAUAAAAUGCUUUAUUUAUAUAAACAGAACUAAUGUCAGUUUCUUAGAUUAUUUUGCAUAUAAAUUUACCAAAUAACAGAACAGUGAUCCUUUUUUAUUUUUCACUCAACUCCACAACUUUCCUGUAACUGCUUUGGUCCUUUGCUCAUACCGAGGCUCACACCAAGCUUGUGGCUAGCUCUGAGCUCUGGAUAGCUUUAGCUUUAGCCACGUUCCCUUUAAAUGGUGAUGUGAACGCUUUCAUGGUUCUCCCCCUACCUGUUUGCUUUAGUGUCUUUACUCACAGUGGAGAGCCUCCACAGUAACAACAUAUUAACGUGUGUCUGCGAGUGUGCAUGCGACUGUUUGUCUGCACUGCUGUCCAUGUGCCUAAUAUGCAUGAAACAGACGGGGUCACUGGUCAGUCGAUCAGUAUUGUGGAGUGCUUAUUCCUGUGUUACAUGCAUCCAUUGCCAUGUCAGUUGUUUCUGUUGUGUCCUUCAAACACUCAGACUUUGUAUAAAGGGUUUUUAGCUCAUUUGGCUAAAUGACCAAUGCACUUAUGCAAUGGUGAGGCAUCCGUCAUCUGUCUGUCCCUGUUUGUGAGCCUCCUUGAGCUCUCAUUGGCUUUUAAUUUGUCAUUAGUUUGUGCAGAUGCAGUCAAGCAGUGACAACAAAACUUAGACAGACAAGCAACUACACCCUUGAUAAUCUGACUGAGAUCUUGGAGAGUGUGAAUAAUCUGGUGUGUAUGGCAUUGAUGUACUAACACUGUACUUACCAAAGCAACAGCUGUCUGUAUGUUUCACUUUAAUAACCCCUCAGCAGAUGAUGCUAAUGUCUAAAGAUCAAAUUUGUCUUGACGGAACCAAAUGAGAAAGCUUUACAUGCCCUUUUCAUUUAAAGUCUUCCCGUGACAGCAGCAGAGUUAUCAAAUCUUUAAAAUGUUAUUACAUUGUGUGUGUUUCUCUUUCCUAAAUAAAAUGUCUUGCUGUUAA